GCAGCAGCAGCAACAGGCAUAUCAACAACAAAAACUAUCGGACAUGCCACAACGGCAGCAGUCUGGUGGAAACGCAACAAAAUCGAAAGCCAAGUGGAAGCGACGCAAGUGGAAACGUGUCAAGUGUAUAUAGUGACGUUUCUCACAGUGUAUAUAGUGCAAAUAAUAAGUUAGAUUUAAUUAUAAAUCGCAGCCAGAGCAAAGUGUUGUCGCCCAAAUACAAAUAUAUUUCCCUGCCAGCCACAAAUUUGCUUAAUAAAUUACCCACAGCAACAACAAGAGCAGCAGCAGCAGCAGCGAUUCACGUCCCUGCACCCGCAUCCUCGCCUGCCCCACGAACUCCUCAUCCACAUCCAUAUCCACAUCCAAAUCCACAUCGUCGCGGUCGUCGUCAGCGUCGUCGUCGUCGUCGUCGUCGCGCCGCGUCUCACUCGACUGAUGUUGUUUUUGCCUCUGCGCCCAUGUUUCUGCCAUAUCAUAUUAAUCAACGUGCUACAUUGUUACAAGCAACUAAAACAGCAACAACUGUUGCAACUGCAACGGCAGUGCCAACAACAACAACAACUGCAACAGCAACCAAGCUCAACACUCCUCUUUCUGCUGCGCAUCGAAUUUUCAAUCGUGAUACGGUCCAAACAGCGACCAACGCAUCACCUUUGACACCACAACAACAACUGCAACAACAACUGCAACAACAACAACAACAACAGCAGUCAACAACAUCGACAACAACAGCACGAGUCGAAUUCAUACUCUACACAGAGAUAUACGAAGAGAAUUCGAAUUUCGACACAAAUUUUGUUACAGAUUCCGAAUCGAAGAAUCACAGCAAAAGCUUUUGGCAGAAAUACGGCAACGUUCUGUUGAUAGCCAUUGGUGUCGCCGUCUGUUUGGUUUGUGGCAGUGUGCUGGUGAUAACUGUGAUUACACUGCGACGCAGCAGCAGCGGCAGUGGCAGCAACUCCUCCUCAAUAGCAACAGCAGCAACAACGCGCCGCACACGCCACAACAACAAGCAACGCUCGUCGCAGCGACGCCGCCGCAGCAGCAGCAGCAGCAGUAGCAAAAACAAGAGCAACGCACCGCAAUCAGCUGGCAGCGGUGGCAACUGGGGCAGGACUGAGUGCGAAAAGGAAGAAGACCCGAAUUGGACUUAA